AUGAAUCCCUAUAGGCUUAACCUGAGCCUAGCGGAUAAGGCAGCAAUGUGCGCAACACCCAGGCUCCCCAAUACAUCUGUGCUGCUGCCAACAGGCGAUAAUGGCACAUCACCAGCACUGCCUAUCUUCUCCAUGACGCUGGGUGCUGUGUCCAACGUGCUGGCGCUGGCGCUGCUGGCCCAGGUUGCAGGCCGAAUGUGGCAGUGCCGCUCGGCUGCCACCUUCCUGUUGUUCGUCGCCAGCCUGCUUGCCAUCGACCUAGCAGGCCAUGUGAUUCUGGGCGCCCUGGUGCUUCUUCGCCUGUAUACUGUGGGGCGUGCGCCUGCUGGCGGGGCGUGUCAUUUCCUUGGUAGCUGCAUGGUCUUCUUCGGCCUGUGCCCACUUUUGCUUGGCUGUGGCAUGGCCGUAGAGCGCUGUGUGGGUGUCACGCAGCCACUGAUACACGCGGCGCGCGUGUCUGUGGCCCGUGCACGCCUGGCACUAGCCGUGUUGGCUGCCAUGGCUUUGGCUGUGGCGCUGCUGCCACUGGUACACGUGGGUCGCUACAAGCUACAGUACCCUGGCACCUGGUGUUUCAUUAGCCUUGGGCCUCAUGGAGGUUGGCGCCAGGCGUUGCUUGCCGGCCUUGGCCUGGCCGCGCUCCUUGCGGCAUUAGUGUGCAAUAUGCUCAGCGGCCUGGCACUCUUCCGUGCCCGCUGGAGGCAGCGUUGCUCUCGACGGUUCCGAGAGACCGCAGGUCCCGAUGAUCGCCAGCGCUGGGGGUCUCAUGGACCCUGCUUGGCCUCUGCCUUGUCUGCCUCAUCCAUCACUUCAGCCACAGCCACCCUCCACAGUUCUCGGGGCGGCGGCUCCGCGCGCAGGGUUCACGCACACGACGUGGAAAUGGUGGGCCAGCUCGUGGGCAUCAUGGUGGUGUCGUGCACCAGCUGGAGCCCCCUGCUGGUGUUGGUGGUGUUGGCCAUCGGGGGCUGGAACUCUAACUCCGUGCAGCGGCCACUCUUUCUGGUUGUAUGCCUCGCAUCGUGGAACCAGAUCCUGGACCCCUGA